CGAGGUCAAAGAAUGCAGAAGAAGAAUGUGAAAAAGAAGUCUGAGAAGAAGGAGAAGUCAGGGAGUGCAGUUAUACCAACAUUACAACAAAAAUUCUCGCUUGUCAAUUUUCAGCAAAUAGUUAAGAUGGUGAAGCCGAAAGCGAAAAUUGAAGUAUGGGAUGUGCUACGGAAAACUUCUUUUUGGCCGAUGAUAUCGCCGAUCUAUCACUCUAAAGUGCAAGAAAAUCAUUUUACCAAGAAUGAGCGUGACAUCGAAAUCAUCCUUCAAUACUAUGAUGUUGAGAAGAGGAAGUUCUUUUUUGGGGAUAAAGAGAUGGAGAUCAUAGGGGAAGACAUAGAGAGGAUAUUUGGGCUGCCAAAUUCAGGAGAAGUGAUAAACAAUGUGGGAAGAAAUAUGGACAAGGAUAAAAGGAAGCCUUCAGCGAUUUUUGAUGUGAAAAUGAUCAAGGACACAGUAGACAAACAAGUAUUGCUUAAAAGGCUGGAAGCUGAGGUGGAUAAGGAGGAGAAGGGUGAUGCAAGAAUCAUUGCUGCCCUCAUACUUAUGCUUCUGUUUACAACAUGCUUUUUUAGCAAGUCAACAGUAUCCAUCACCUAGGACCUCAUAAAUGCUUGCGAGGACAUCGAAAGAAUCAACUAGUACAACUGGCCAAAAAUGAUCCUUGAAUUUCUAUUCGAUGGACUUAAGAGGCACGAGAAAAAAAAACCAAAAGUUCUCAGUGGAUGCUUGAUACUGAUCUAUUAUUGGUUUCUGGAGAAUACCCAGGUGAAGCACAAGAUUACUGGAAAGGAGAGAUCGACACCAACCUAUCUUAGGUGGUCGAUAAGAGAGCUAUUCACAACUGAGAGCUUGAAAGACAAUUCAGACAUCGCAGUGGAAUUCAUAAC